UACCCAGUCUCCUACCCUGUCUUGACCUUUAGUUCGACAUAAAAAUAGCUAAAAAUAUACCCGAGAUUUUUAUACAUAAAACUUUACGUUAUAUAAUGAUUAAAUACUUAUCCCGCCAUGGAUGACGUUCUCUCAGUGCCCAUAGAGCUAUUAGUCUUCGUAUUCAAGUUUCUUUCCGCUAGAGACCUGGUCGCUGCCUCGAGAACAUGUCGCCGCUUUCGCGAGGCUGCCCUCGUCGAUGUAAUUUGGCAAGAAAUCUGCAAAAGAGGGUUUGAUAUCUGUUCUUAUGACGGCUGGGGCGUGAGCUGUUUUCGUGAGCUUUAUUCAUUAGUAAUUCAUAAGUAUGGAGGUAUUCUUGGUCUGUGGAAGGCCAAUAUUCCAAGAUAUGGGGGUUUGGUUCACAUCACAGCAGAAAGCGGUAGAAUGUUAGCUACUUUGUACCGAGCCCCAUACAGCCCAAAAGUCACUCACCCCCUGAGACCAAGAGAACUGUUUUCACUCAGCCUGCAUGGUGGAAGUCUGAGGACACACUGCCUCACUGGAUGGAAUGAGGAGGCCGACAAAGAACAUCUCGCCUCUGUUCAUAUUAAAUCAACAAAAAAGGGGAGAGCAACUUCCAUAGAGUUCCGCUGUCAUGCCUCUGAGAACCACAACGUGCGAUCUGAAAUGUUUGGGACCGCAAACUAUCUGCAAAAAUGGCUGAAAGACGAGUAUGACAAUGAGAAUAUCCUUAUUCAGCGGCCUGACAUGGUUCAACUAGCUCUCUUAAAAUACACAGAACUGCACUCGCUUUACAGCGAUCCCAUUCUGUUCUACCGGCUGAAUCUGCCUACUGGUCAAUUGAAUACCUCAGUCGUGGUGAAACCAGGGGUUUACAAGGGUACGUACAGCGCACAUGGCCUCGAGCUCGUCUUACUUGAGGUUACGGAAAACCGCGUGACGGCAACUAAAAUAACCGGAGACCCCAAUAUUCCAGCGGGUCAAGUAACAUUCGACGUUUCCCUUCGUGACCCGUCAUUUCCCGAGGACCCGCGGGAUCCCUCAGACGAGAAGGAGUUGGCGGAAGAACAGAGGCCCAGACCCCUCUCGGGUAGAAUGCCAUUUAAUUUACCGAGAAGUUUUACAUCCGAUUUCUCGGGUUUCCCUUCUUCGUGCAUUAGCAGAUACCAAGGUGCCGGUCAAGUUGCUUAUCAUAAUUACUCUAGCCCUAGGCUCACUCCGGGCGAACUUAUUGUCUUCAGUGACGACCUCGUGGGGUUCCUGUGGCACGAACUGUUGGCUUUUAGCGUGUUUAGUAGAUGCACUGAAGACUUCCUACAAAGAUAGCCACGCUAGUUAGCUAAUUAGCUUAAAAUACGCGCUGAGGUGGCAAAGUCUAAGUUCUCUUGUGGGGGUCGGGAGGGGGUUGCUGUUUCUGUCCCCCUUUUUGUAAAAAUGGGAACAGGGGGGGAAAUGGGGUACUUUAUGAAUAAGGAUGUAAUUACCACCAAUGCCCAACCCCCUCUUAGCCCUGCAAUAACUGAAUUUUGAAAACUUUGCUCGACCUAUUGCCAUUCCGUCCUAAUUAUGCGGGAGUUGAAUGUAAUCUAUUUAUCAGCUUCGACAGUACUGGGACAACUAAGAAGCUGCUUUAAGUUCCCUCUCUAUUUUUCUUUUAAACCCAGUUCAAAUUGAUGUAUUUAUUUUUUUGUAUCUAAUGGUUUUAUAAUGGCCUUUUCUUUUUAUUUUUUUCGUAUAUUUAUAGACAGUUUCACGCCAUAGCACUAAAUUAUUAUCAAAUCAUUAUUAUUUGUCUCGCAUUUAUUCUUAUAUUACGAAAUUCAUUCGCUUUAUACUACUGAAUGGGUAGGGUUUACAGAAAAGUUAAAUGCUGCUAAGGAUAUUAUGUUAAACACGAGGUUCCGGUAUAAAAGGCUUAGCUUCGCCCACAAAAGAUGGCGUCUUUUUUAAAAUUCAAAAUGGCUGGUCAGAAGCAAGAAAUGGGAGAGCGUAACUUUUCGCAAAAAAACUAACUAAAACUCGAAGAAUAUUGUUGAAAUUGAAAUAAAAUAUAAUUUAACGAGUAAAUCAAUCAAUACAUCCAGUUUUUUUAAUCACGCAUCACCCAAAAGUCGUCUUUCCAACGCGUUUCAAAUUUUGCGCCUAAACGAGCUGACCAACCAAAAAAGACAAAAUGGCCGCUUCGACUUCGACCCAGCUUGUACUCUUCCAUACGAACAUGAGCCCCUAAACAUCCUCAAGAGCAGUACUUCAUAUCGCGUGUAAUGUUGUUACUGUCACCUUGGUAACGCGUGAUUUGAGUUGAUUUUAUGACCAAGCAUGUAACUAGCGAGUCAGUCGUUUGCUGACCGUUGACCAGCAAUGUAGUAAAAGAACCAUUCAC